AUGGCCUCCCAAGACGCUCCCUACGACCCCUACAUCCCCAGCGGCCAGGCUGGCGCUGCUCCCCAGCAGGGAGGAAACCCCAGGACACAGGCGCUGCAAGCUCAAAUCGAUGACACCGUCGGUGUCAUGAGAGAGAACAUCAACAAGGUCUCUCAACGUGGCGAGCGGCUCGAUGCCCUUCAAGAUAAGACGGACAACCUGGCCGUCUCGGCACAAGGCUUCCGCCGCGGCGCCAACAGAGUGCGCAAGCAGAUGUGGUGGAAGGACAUGAAGAUGCGAAUGUGCCUGAUUGCAGGUAUCAUCAUCCUCAUUCUCGUCAUUGUCAUUCCAGCUGUCGUCGCGACCAAGAACAAAUAA